AUGAUCGUUGCUAAUCAGAGUUCUUUAACUGCAGCUGAUACGUCAGCACGUUUAAGACCAAAGGUAUUAUUGAUCGAUGAAGUUGAUGUUUUUCUAAGCGAUAAAUAUUAUGGUGGCACUUACAUACCAUCUGUUCAUCUGAAACAUCCUUAUAUAAAAGCAUUGCUAGAUUCCAUAUGGAAAACUAAGACAUUAAGGUCUUUAACUAAUGUAAAAGCUCUACCAGCAUAUAAAACUUGUGCCACUCAAUACAGUAAUUGGAUUUUUCUUUUUGAUGAAGCUAUAAAAGAUAUGUUGACUGCUUUACAAUCAUCGACUUACAUUGUUCAAAAUGAUAGAAUUGUCUAUGUUGAAGGUGAAUCUAUAGUAGAUAACGUAGUUCGUGGGUCUGAUACAAUAUGGGCAUAUUAUCAUGAAAAUGAAAAAGGUACUAUUAGUCAAGCUAGUUUAGAAGAAAAUGUUGGCAUUCUUAUUAAUUGUGGAACAUUUUCAUAUGCUGAAAUGCCUCAUGAUUUUUCAUAUAUUGGGGGUGUGACAGGUACUUUAAAAACACUUGCCAAUAUAGAAAAAAAAAUUUUAGAAAAAGUAUAUGAAAUAAGCAAAAGAACGUUUAUACCAUCAGUAUUUGGGAGUAGCAAUCGUACAUAUAAUUCAAUGACUGAUGUUCGUGUAGUAAACGAGGAAGAAUAUUUUAUGUAUAUUGGCGGAGAAAUCAGUACGAUGUGUAAUGCAAACCGUGCAAUUCUUGUAUUUUUUGAAUCAGAAGAAAAACUAAUGGCAUUUUAUAAUUCUAAGGAAUUAUCUCCUAUAAAACAAGAUGCACAAAUUAUAAUGGAAAAGGUAUCUGUAAAAGAGAGAGAACUAUGCGUUAAACGUGCAGCAACAAUUGGUAAAGUAACACUAUUAACUCGAACAUUUGGACGAGGAACUGACUUUAUAUGUCGUAAUCAACAAUUAUUAGCGAAUGGUGGUAUUCAUGUACUUCAAACAUUUUUUUCGGAAGAAAUAUCUGAAGACUAUCAAAUUAUGGGAAGAGGAGCACGACAAGGAGAUCAAGGGUCUUUCAGAAUGAUUUUAUUAGAUAAAGAUUUAGAAUGGGUACUUGGUGCUUCUUGGAAAGUAGAUCUUUCGAAAAUAAUAGGCACCACUCUUUAUACAAAUUUGGAUAAGAAUCGUAGCAUUCGUUAUGAGAGUAAAUGCGGUGCAAAAGAACUUGGCAUCGAGCUAUGUAAGGCUGAACACAAAGCGUCUAAAGAGUUUAUGCAAGCAUUAGCUACAGGAAAUAUCACAGCGGUGAAAAUAUUUAAAAAAAAACAAAAUCAAGGAGCAAACUUAAUUGCAACUCCUUCACGUACAGUUUCACUUAUGGAUGCUACAGGUUCUAUGCCAAGUUUACUAUCUGCUGCCAAAGAAACAGUUUGUACGAUGUUUGAACGAGCUUCAGCGAUUCUAACAGAAAAAAGUUUACCGAAUGAUACAUUUCAGAUGCAAUUUGUAGUCUAUAGAGACUACGAUUGUAAAGAAAAGGAGCUUCUUCAGAGUUCUUGUUGGGAAACUAAACCUAAUAAUUUAAGAAAUUUUAUGACACAUAUUUCUGCCAAGGGUGGUGGUGAUUAUGAAGAAGCGAUAGAAAUAGGACUUUGGUAUGCAGUUCAGCAAAAUAAACAAUCAGAUAGAAUAUCCCAAGUCAUUUUAAUAGGAGAUGCACCCGCCAAAGAUAGACCAGCAAUAAAAAGAGAUAUAGACAAUUGUAUGGCGGUGAAGCAUAUUGGAGUAAAACGAAAUAUAAAAUGCCAACUCAUUACACAGAUGAACUGA